AUGUCGACCGCAAGAGGCGUCUCAAUUGCUCUUCGCCGGGCACGACUGCCCAGGGCCAGCCGCGUCGCACGCCCCAUUGUCCCUUACGCGCCCGCAGCAGCGGUGCGGUCGUUCAGCGUCUCCUCCGCAGUCGGAGCGGACGCUACAAAGGAAAUCAAAUAUACGAGCGCCGCCUAUCCUAACGUCAAGCGGGACCCCAAGUUCGCUGACCUGACAGAAGAGCAUGUUCGCUACUUCAAAAGUCUUAUGGACGCUCAGUCUGCCGUCAUUGAUGGCGUGACGACGGAAGCAGCAGACGAUAUCGAGCCAUUCAACAGCGACUGGAUGCGCAAGUACCGCGGACACACCAGACUCGUGCUCAAGCCCCAGACCAAGGAGGAAGUCAGCCAGAUCUUGAAAUACUGCAACGAGAACAAGCUCGCUGUGGUGCCGCAGGGUGGAAACACCGGACUGGUCGGAGGAUCUGUUCCUGUUUUCGACGAGAUAGUCAUCAACACCUCCCGGAUGAACAAGAUCCGUUCGUUCGAUGAAGCCACUGGAGUCUUGGUUGCCGAUGCGGGUGUCAUUCUGGAGGUGGCCGAUCAGUAUCUGGCAGAGCGAGACCAUCUGUUCCCUCUGGAUCUGGGUGCCAAGGGAUCCUGCCACAUUGGCGGCAACGUCGCUACGAACGCUGGUGGACUGCGUCUACUGCGUUACGGAAGUCUGCACGGAAACGUGCUGGGUGUUGAGGCUGUCCUGCCCGAUGGCACCAUUCUUGAUGGUCUCUCGACGCUUCGAAAGAACAACACCGGCUACGACCUCAAGCAGCUCUUCAUUGGCGCCGAGGGUACGAUUGGAAUCAUCACCGGAGUGUCCAUCCUGUGCCCUCCUCGUCCCAAGGCUGUCAACGUCGCUUACUUCGGUCUGGAGAGCUUCGACCAGGUCCGUCAGGCCUACAAGGAGGCCAAGGGACAACUGUCCGAGAUCCUGUCUGCGUUUGAGCUGAUGGACGGACGGACGCAGAACUUGGUGCACAAGGUUACUGGAAACAAGCGCCCCCUGGAGGGAGACUACCCCUUCUACUGCCUGAUCGAGACCAGUGGAUCCAAUGCGGAGCAUGACAUUGCUAAACUGGAAAGCUUCCUGGAGUAUAUCAUGGGUGAAGGCAUCGUUGCGGACGGUGUUCUGGCGCAAGAUGAGUCUCAGAUCCAGGCGCUCUGGGGCUGGCGUGAGGGCAUCACGGAAACCCUGAGCCACCUGGGUGGUACUUACAAGUAUGAUGUUUCCAUCCCGUUGGCGGAACUCUACCAGCUCGUGGAGGACUGCCGGGAGCGUCUGACAAAGCUGGGCUUCGUCGGAGAUGACGACUCCUUCCCGGUCAGAGACGUCGUCGGAUACGGCCACAUGGGUGACUCGAACCUUCACUUGAACGUCUCCGUGCGACAGUACAACAAGGAUGUCGAGAAGGCGAUCGAGCCGUGGGUGUACGAGUGGAUCCAGAAGCGCAAUGGCAGUAUCAGCGCCGAGCAUGGACUGGGGCUUGCUAAGAAGGAGUUCAUCGGCUACAGUCAGAACGACACGAACUUGAAGCUGAUGAAGCAGAUCAAGAACCUCUACGAUCCGAUGGAAGACAUGGCCAAUCGAUACCAGAUGAUGGAGGAGUUGGGGAGUGGAAGCUUCGGGACGGUAUACAAAGCCAUUGAGAAGGAGACUGGAGAGCUGGUUGCUAUCAAGCACAUCGACCUUGAAUCGAGUGAAGAUGACAUCCAAGAAAUUCAACAAGAGAUCUCGGUCCUGGCGACAUGUGCGAGUCCUUUCGUCACACAAUACAAGGCAAGCUUCUUGCGGGGCCACAAGCUGUGGAUUGUCAUGGAAUUCUUGGGAGGAGGCUCGUGUCUGGACCUGUUGCUUUUAGGUCUGGAUUACCUGCACAACGAAGGAAAGAUACACCGAGAUAUCAAGGCGGCAAAUGUUCUCCUCUCGCAUGCCGGAAAGGUCAAACUGGCGGAUUUCGGAGUCGCCGCACAACUCACUAAUAUCAAAUCUCAAAGGAACACAUUCGUCGGGACGCCUUUCUGGAUGGCGCCGGAGGUUAUCCAGCAGGCUGGAUAUGACUUCAAGGCAGACGUCUGGUCUCUUGGUAUUACGGCAAUGGAGAUGCUCAACGGGGAGCCGCCGAAUGCGAGCACGCAUCCGAUGAAAGUCCUGUUCCUCAUUCCGAAGGCACCCGCUCCUCGACUUGAAGGGAAUGAUUUCAGCAACACCGUAAAGGAUUUUAUCGCUCAGUGUCUGAUCAAGGACCCGGAUCGGAGACCUUCGGCAAAGGAACUGCUUAGACAUAAAUUCAUAAGGAACGCCGGGAAGACGGAGGCCCUGCAGGAGUUGAUCCAACGGAAACAUGACUGGGACUCAGGAAAGGGCCAGACAGACAAUGUCAAAUACUAUGCGGAGUCUCUGAAUACCAUAUCGCCCAAAGAUGAUGAUGACGGAUGGGUCUUCGACACAGUCAAAGCACCGACAAUGGCCAUUCCCAAGCAGACACUGCGGAGGAAGAAGCUUCCCACGAUCCCACUUGAAUGUCCCGAGGAGCAAGAGACAGAAAUGUCUCAGGGAAUGGAGAAUCUCCAUAUCGAGAGUCCGCAGUACCCACCUCAGCCUGCUGCCAACUUCACAGUACGGCGGGUGACAGGACCUGAACGUUCUCCGUCCGUCAAGAGAGCCAACAGCAAGCGCAAGUCUAGUGGCGUGAAACAGCCGCUGGGCUUGAACCUGAGUUUUGGAAAUAGCCCAUCUACCGUUCGUCAGUUCCGCCGCACGUCGGACAAAGUGGUAGGAGACGACGGCCAGUACUCUUCACUGCCUGCGGGUAUGGAGGAGAAUAUGGGACAGAAGACUCUGUUCUCGGACAGCAACAGCAAGGAGGCGCAGCUUGGUCGAAGAGCGUACAACAAGGCUGUCGGCCUGUCCUGCCAGGAGAUCCUUGCGAAUACAGGUGACGGGGAGAAGAGAGAGGCCAUUUCACGGUUAGCUGAAGCCUGGAGUGAUCUGGAAAUGGUUGAUCCAGAAGGCCUCUACCAUAUCGUGAAGUUAAUGAAUGAUAAGAUUCAAGGGGACGCAAAGCUUUCCGCUGCUCUUCUCCCUGAAGCUCCGCCCACUGCUCCUCAGAAGCCACGGUUGGUCCUCGCGCAGAACAAUCCUCAUCUCAAGAGUCACCGUCGCCGUCAGUCAGCGCAAGUCCAUGCCGAAGUGGAAUGGCAAGGCCAGUCACCGAAUCUGCCAGGACAGCAUGUUCCUGGGAUGGAACAUACGCAGCAGCUGGCCGAUGUCUUGUAUCAGCGCUGGACAGAAGGUCUGCGUAUUCGAUGGCCCGCUGUAUGA